CUGCAGGGGAGGAUCGGACAGAGGCAGCGCCAUGCCGCUGCAGGACGAGACCCUGCGGGAGGUGUGGGCCUCGGACAGCGGGCAUGAGGAGGGCGGCCUGAGCCCGGAGGUCCGGCGGCGCCCCAAGCAGGGCCCCCCACACGCGCAGAAGCUGAGGAAGAAGAAGACAGAGACCCCCGGGUCCCCGGGCGCCGCGGGACCCAAGCCGCGCAGACCCGGAGAGGAAGGGGAGGAAGACGACGACCAGGAAGAAGAGGAAGAGGAUGAAGAAAAGAAAAAGAAAAGUCCCAUGCCUGCCAGGAAGCCCCCGAAGGACAAGGCUUCCGGGGACAAGAAGGACAGGAGGACUAAGACCCAGGGCCCCAGGGGGGACCUGGGAAGCCCGAAGCCUCCACAGAAGCCUCUUCGUGCUAACAAGGAAGCUGGGAACGGCACUAAAUUGAAAAAGGCCAAGAAGAAAGGGGCUGGGGAGGCCGAGAAGGAUCCCAUGGGGAGCCCAGCAGGAGAGGAGAAGAAGACCCCAGCUGCCAUGUUCCUGGUCAGGGAAGGGAGCCCUGCUGUGAAGGCUGGGAAGAAGAAAGGCCCACCAAGAGGCGCAGAAGAGGAGACAAAGGAGGAGGAGGAGGAGGAGGAGGAGGAGGAGGAGGAGGAGGGCGCAGCUGUGGCAACCAAGAACAGCAAUCAGAAGGGCAAAGCGAAAGGAAAAGGCAAAAAGAAGGAGGAGAGGCCCGCGUCCCCGCCGGUGGAGGUGGACGACCCUCGCGAGUUCGUGCUGCGCCCCGCCCCGCAGGGCCGGACGGUGCGCUGCCGCCUCACCCGCGACAAGAAGGGCAUGGACCGGGGCAUGUACCCCUCCUACUUCCUGCACCUGGACUGCGAGCGGAAGGUUUUCCUCCUGGCCGGCCGGAAGCGCAAGCGCAGCAAGACAGCCAAUUACCUCAUCUCCAGCGACCCCACCAACCUGUCCCGCGGCGGGGACAACUUCAUCGGCAAGCUGAGGUCCAACCUCCUGGGGAACCGCUUCACCGUCUUCGACGCCGGGCAGAAUCCGCAGCGCGGACCAGGCGGCGACGUGGGCAGCCUGCGCCAGGAGCUGGCGGCUGUGAUCUACGAAACCAACGUGCUGGGCUUCCGAGGGCCUCGGCGCAUGACCGUCAUCAUCCCGGGCAUGAACGCCGACAACGAGAGGGUCCCCAUCCGGCCGCGAAAUGCCAGCGACGGGCUCCUGGUGCGGUGGCAGAACAAGACCCUGGAGAGCCUCAUCGAGCUGCACAACAAGCCGCCCGUGUGGAACGAGGACAGUGGCUCCUACACGCUCAACUUCCAGGGCCGGGUCACCCAGGCCUCGGUCAAGAACUUCCAGAUCGUCCACGCCGAUGACCCCGACUACAUAGUGCUGCAGUUCGGCCGCGUGGCGGAGGACGCCUUCACCCUGGACUACCGGUACCCGCUGUGCGCCCUGCAGGCCUUCGCCAUCGCCCUCUCCAGUUUCGACGGGAAGCUGGCCUGCGAGUGACCCGCAGCGCCCGGCAGCCCC